AGACGGUGCUCUUCUACUUCUAAAAUGUUUUUUUCAAGGAACAUCAAUGAAACAGAAAUAUUUUAGAAAUGCUACAUGUGUAUGUUUAAGUAAAUCGGUAAUGGUCUUACAGUGUUGCAUUUUUAUGAAGAGAAGUAGACAUGAAUACAACGAUAAAUUCAGUCGAAAGUGGCGGUGAUAAACGUGUGCCAGAGACAACCGUGCAAAGUAUAGCACAAAAUUUAACUACGAUACAGAGUAUGCAAAAUGUGCAAAGUGUUGUGCAAAGUAAUAUACAAAGUAUUCAAUCGACGCAAGCUAUAGCAGGAUCUGUUGUAACGCCUACUAAUCUUGUAGGCAAAUCUAUAUCAAUGGAUACAAAUCCAAAAUUGCCGCUAAUGAAACCUGUAGUUCCAUCUGGUACCACGUCGACUUCAGAAACUAAUAAAAUAACUACAACGCUUUGUUCUGUGGGUUCUACAGUGAGGAUAAUAUCUCCAGGUAUGUUAAGUACGGUGGAACGUCAAAAUCAACCGCAAGCUCAGCAACUGUUACAACAGACGCAACAGGUAACAAGUAUGCCAGCAACGUAUCAUGUACCACGAGGACCGGCUGCAGUUGCUAACAUAUCUGCUCCAAGAUCAACUGUGGCUACUCCUAUCGUUAGAGCAAAUACAGGACAAACUGUUCCUACUACAAGGCCAGGAAUAAGUACAACUAUUUCAAAUCCUCAAUGGCAACCUAAAACAACAUCGGUUGUGUACGCACAACCUCAAAGGCAUCCUGUACCUCCAGUUGGUCGAGUUUCAAGACCGCCAUCCACGGUGUACACCAGCCAACAACCUCGUCUAAUUACACCAUCCGGUCAAGGAAGAUCUGUACAAGCGACGAUGGUUGCUGGAGUUCCUGGCACUCCGUCCAGAUUAAUAGCGCCUGUCCUUCAAGCAAACAAUAGUAUUACAAGACUACCAGUCUCGCAAAGUAGGCUACCUACUCCUCAAGUGACAAACGUAUUGCAAACUACACAACCUAGCAGGACUUUGACUCAGACUAUUCAACCUAAUCAAUCAAAUAGACCUCUAAGUAGUGGUACAGGUACCGUAAAUCGUAUAGCUGUAUCAACUCCUGUGAUUGGAACUGCAAAUAGAAUAAGCGGUACAGCUUCGGUAAGUGUUCAGCCAACAGUGGGACGACAAUUAUCGAUUAACACAGUGGCUGGCCCAUCAACUGGUACCGUUAGUCGAAUUGUGAUCCCGUCUCAGCAAGUACAGCAGCAACAACAGCAACAACAACAACAACAGCAGCAGCAGCAACAGCAACAACAACCACCACCACAAACAACACCUCGCGUUGUUCAAACAGUAACCUGUUUAUCAAAUCUGAAUACAGUGUCUCGAGUAAUUACUACAGCGGCAAGUACAUCAAGUGCAACAAGAAUACCACAGCCAGCACCCACCACAGUUGCUAGAAUUACUGGAAUGUCUUUACAUCCGUUACCUUUAACACCCGCGAGAGCUACAUCGGCGUCAGUUAAAACGGUGCAAGCUCAAAACGUCGGAUCAACCGUUCAGAUUAAACCUUCUCAACAAUCUGGACUACGAGUCUCUUCAACCAGUAGUACAAAUAAUAAUUCGAAUACGAUACCUGCUCAAUCGGUUCAAGGGCAAUAUUUGCAUCCGCCACAUACUGCUACGUACUAUUCUUUCGAACCUACAGGAACGUACUCUCAGUAUCGACAAACUCCAGUAAGAUUACUCGUGGAACCAGGAUACGACGAACCGCAUACUAAACUGAAUGCAUCUCCAAGACCAAGUAUACUUAGAAAAAGAGACCAUGACAAUUCACCCGUAAAAGGUGUGGCAAAAAAUUUAGUUCCUGUGCUUGCAUCUUUACCACCUGUUACGACAUCCAGCCCACCUUGUUCGCCAAGAGGUGAUCAAGAUGGUGGAGGUUGUCAAAGUUCUGGAUCUACCACAGUGUCGGCAACAUCAUCGCCAGGGCUCGAUGAAGAACCAGAACAAUCUAGAAUUACUAUAAAUCCAACGGUGGAGAUGUCACCGAGGAAAAAGCCUCGUAAACAGCAACUCACUGGCGUAGAAUUAACAGAAUCAAGAUGUACAGAAGAAGAAAUGCAAUUCAUUACAGAGGAAAGAAUGAAGAAAGAGCUUAAGGAAGAACCGAAAGAAAAAUCGUCCGAUAAAAGACAAAGUUCAAACACGCAACGUGAUAUUAUUAAAUCUCCUACGCAACAACCAAUCGUUGCGAUACGAACGCGACCUACGCCUAGUUUAUUAGGCCCGUCCUGGAAAAACAAAUGGGGCGGUAGACUUCACCAUUACAGAAGACCAAGCGAGGUUCGACCUCGCGAGGAAAGACGGCCCACAGUUGCAGAAAUAGCACAACAGAAACAUGUACUGCAAAAGUUAAAUGGUUGGAAAGUAUAUCAUCUUACCGCGCAAAUGGAAGACAUUGCUGAUCUUGAGAAACAAGUACAUGAAAAGUUAAAAACAACAUUGACGAUGCUCGAAUCCCAACAAAACGUCAAAAAUAGACAAGACGAUGGACUUGAACGUGUAAAUGAAUUAAUCAAAGGAAAUAUGCAACGUAGUAGUUUAAUUAGUGAAGGAAUGAAUGAAGCGCGCACGCAACUUAUUGCUAUAUUUCAACAUAAAGGACCUAUUACAGAUAUUUUACAACGGUGCGGUAACAAACGGGCUCAAAAGAAGCGAGACAAAUGAGUUAGUGUACGCAUUGGAAUAAAAUGAACACGUUUAUAAGGAACCCUUGCUGAAACAAGGUUCGAGAGGGAGUUAUUUUUAUCUGUGUCACAGAAUCUACAUAUAGGAGUAAAAUAAAUGGUUUUAUAAGUCUAUGACACGACUGUCACUAAACAUGUUCAUAAUUUUA